UGGGAAGAUCCAGCGGCAACGGCACACAACCGCGCUCUCAGCGAUAUUCGUAGUCGCCCUGACGUCAUAGAAUAUUUCCGCGAUUCCCUCAGCACCCUUCUCACAGGUGCUACGUCUGACGACGCCUUGUUUCAGUUAGGAAGAGUGCACUUGUAUCCUUUUUUAGUGCGUCCUUCUCUUAUGGUCAGCUUUUCUCCUUCUCGUCGUUCUCUCAUGCCAUAUUGUUGCCCUUUUGUUCCCACGGGACGAAAGGUAAAGGGGAAAUAAGGAAGGUCCUUUUGUUCCCACGGGAAAGGAUGACAGGGGAAAGGAAGGUACCUUCUGGAUGAUGAGGGGGCCGGGAUGGACGAUUCACUCGCACUGCACUCUAAUGCUGCAACUGCGCCAGCAAGCGAGGCUAUUUCGAGCAUCGCGGCAGCAGGAGCGACGCUAUUUUCAGGGAGCACUUCACAGACUGGUCACAUGAUCGUGCAAUCAGUGUCGUGGCCUGAAACUUUACCUGAGGACAUCGUGACAGCUUUCAAGUCUGCCAUCCACGUAGCGACACAUCAACAAUUCUGCGCACCUCUCCUUCCUUUGGUGUUUUCCUCAGUGGCGACUUGCACAAGUGGUGUCAUGGAGAAUGGGGGAAAGACAACAGCGGAAACAAGAUGGGCUACAGCGACGACGCUGCUGCGAGCAUUGCAGGAAAUAGGCAGUGAUGAUACAACAACUUCGACAAAAAUGCUCAACAUCGAUGAUGGUGCAUCUACUUCUUCUACAACUCGUAUUAUUGGACCAACGGCGCAGCGUGAGCGUCCUCUGGUGUUUACCAAGAAGACUCAACAACUACAUCCCCUCCUCAAGAACGUAGAGGAACUCCAAGUAGUGUCCUAUCAGAUUUCAGAGGAAGGCGACGACUUCGGACCCUUUGAUCCGG